AUGGAUGUUGUUGUUGCUAAUGAUGGUACAGAUAGUAUAGGUCUAUUUCUUGGAUUUGAUUAUCCAACAUUUAAAAGUUCUACCAUUAUUUUAAAUACACGCGCUGUCAUUCCCUUUUGCCUUAUUGCAGCUGAUUUUAAUAAUGAUAAUCAAUUGGAUAUUGCAGUCUCUUUUUCAGAGACUAACUUUAUUGAUAUAUUUUUAGGAUAUGCAAAUGGCACUUUUAUUUAUCAUAUAUCCUAUUCAACGGGUUCCACUCCAACGGUAAUUGCCGUUGGUGAUUUCAAUAAUGACAAACAAUUAGAUAUUGCUGUCAUCAAUUCACAAGGUUUCAGUUUCAGCAUAUUUCUAGGAUAUGGUAAUGGAACAUUUACCGAACAAAGGAUAUAUUCGACGGGUUCUUCAUCUCCAGAUUCUAUUGUUGUUAGUGAUUUCAAUCAGGAUGAUAAUCUGGAUGUUGUUGUUGCCAACAAAGGAAACGAUUAUAUUGGUAUAUUUCUGGGACAUGGUAAUGGAACAUUUGCAGAGAAAAUAUCAUAUUGGAGAUCAACUAACUCGUCAGCACUCUGGAUUGCUGUUGAUGAUUUCAAUAAUGAUCGCAUACUAGACUUAGCUAUUGCCAGUCGAGACAUAGACGAAAUUGAGAUACUUUUAGGAUAUGGUAAUGGCUCUUUUAGAAGUGUAACAACAUAUUCAACUGGAUAUGAUUCUAGUCCAUAUUCAAUUGCUGUUGGUGAUUUGAAUAAUGAUGGUUCAAUUGAUAUCGCUGUUGCUAAUCAAGACAGUAAGAAUAUUGGCAUAUUUUAUGGAUAUGGUAACGGUACUUUUUCAUCCCAAAUAACAAUACCAAUGGGCUCUAACUCUAUUUUGGCUAUGAUUGCCAUUGCUGAUUUGAAUAAUGAUAAAAUACUUGAUAUAAUUGUCUCUGAUAUAGGUAAUGGUGAUGGUAAUAUUAGUGUUCUUUAUGGAUAUGGAUAUGGAAAGUUCGCAAUGCUGAAAACUUAUUCAACUGGUAUUAAUUCAUAUCCAACAUCUUUUGUAAUAUGUGAUUUUAACAAUGAUAGUAGAGCAGACUUGGCUAUCGUUAUCCCUAACACUGCCACUAUAAUAAUCAUGCUUCGAUAUAAAAGUACACCUUUUGCAACACAAGCAACGUUUUCAACGGGCAAUACUUCUUCUCCUCUUUCAGUCGCUGUUGGAGAUUUCAAUAAUGAUGAUCGACUAGAUAUUGCAGUUGCUAAUUCUGGUACAAAUAAUAUUGGUAUUUUUCUCGGAUAUGGUGAUGGAACAUUUGGGAAGCAAAUAAUCCACACAAAUGGUGAUUAUUCUAAUCCAAGUUGUAUUGUUGUAAGUGAUUUCAAUAAUGAUCAUCAAUUAGAUAUUGUUGUUGCUAAUACUGACACGAGCAAUAUAGGUAUUUUAUUUGGGUAUGGUAAUGGAACUUUUUCAUUUAUGACGACUUAUUCAACUGGAAUUGGUUCUUCUCCCUUCUCGAUAGUAGUUGCUGAUUUAAAUAAAGAUAAUCGAUUAGAUCUUGUUGUUGCUAAUGUUGGUACCAAUAAAAUACUUGUUUUUUAUGGUUUAGACAACGGAGUUUUUGCAAAUCCAGACUCGUAUCCUGUAAAUUAUAAUGCUCGACCUCUAUCUGUUAAUGUCGGAGAUUUUGACAAUGAUGGUUGGUUAGAUAUCAUUGUUGCUUGUUUUAGUACGGACUAUGUACAGAUUUUUUUACAAAAAUGUUAA